CCUCCCGUUCAUCAUCAUCUAGCAGGGGCGCAUCUGCAGCCAGCAGGACCGGAGCGAUAUGAUUUCUCAUGGAUUCUUUGAAACGUUUUGCCUCCAUCAUUCAGGUCGACAUGAAUAAUAUUUCAGUUUAGGGGAAGCAGCUCGUCUUUAUAAAUCCAUACAAUCACAUAUAGUUUCCUUUAAUUGAGAUCAUCAUGGGGUUACGCCUAUUUGGCACUUCGCGUUGCGCAUCCACGCGCAUCUGCCUGCUUGUUUUGCUCCUCCAAAGUGUCCAUUCUCAGAGGAACCCCGGAGCCCAGCAAAGGAAUGAACAAAGUGCCGCUCUCCGACAGACGCUGCAAUGGUCCCACAACGGGAAGGUGUUUAGUAUUUUAAGCCAGGGCGCAGAGUACCAGCCGGCGCGGCGCAGAGGUGCACCUCAGGAGCAAGCGCAACAAAUAACCAUCGUCCAGGAUGCGGAUGAGAGGCGUCAGGGCGCGCAGCGACAGGCGGUGGCUCCGCGGGACCAGCAGCCUCCGCGCAGCCUCCCGCCGCAGCUCCAAAGGCUCGUGAGAGGUCGAGAACAUCGCCAGCAUCUUCACAAUGAACGUCCCGCAGAGCGAGUCAACGACACCCAGAAGGUCAACGUCAGUCCAUCUCCGCCAAGGAGAGAAGACAUGAUGGUCGGUGAUGAUCCAUACGACCCAUACAAGUCCAUUGAUGGUGACAAUCCAUAUUACAACUACUAUGACGUUUACGAGAGACCCAGAGAGAGACAGAGACCUGGAUAUGGCACAAGAUAUCAUCAGUACGGCCUCCCAGAUCUCGUGCCAGACCCAUACUACAUUCAAGCAUCGGCCUAUGUCCAGAGAUCCCCGAUGUACAAUCUAAGAUGCGCAGCUGAGGAAAACUGCUUGUCAAGCUCUGCCUACAGAUCAAGCGUGAGGGAUUAUGACACUCGAGUUCUACUGAGGUUUCCUCAAAGAGUCAAGAAUCAGGGAACAGCUGACUUCCUACCCAACAGGCCACGCUACUCCUGGGAGUGGCACAGCUGCCACCAACACUACCACAGCAUGGAUGAGUUCAGCCACUACGACCUGCUGGAUGCCACCUCUCACCGCUCGGUAGCAGAAGGCCACAAGGCCAGUUUCUGCUUGGAAGAUACCUCUUGUGACUAUGGAUACUACAGAAGAUACGCCUGCACUUCUCAUACUCAGGGCCUGAGCCCGGGAUGUUAUGACACCUACAAUGCAGACAUUGACUGUCAGUGGAUCGACAUCACAGAUGUGAAACCUGGCAACUAUAUUCUGAAGGUUAGUGUAAAUCCUUACUAUCAAGUUCCAGAAUCGGACUACAGCAACAACAAUGUGCGCUGUGAUGUGCGCUACACUGGCAACUAUGCCUACGUGUCAGGUUGUCACAUGUCAACAUAUUAGGUAACAGUCCAAAGUGGUUCUGCGAAAAUCCCUACAAGUGACUUUGAAUGGAUGAACUGCAGCGACAGAUUAAACACUACUAAAUAUAACGUCAUGAAAUAUGGUAUCUACUUCAAAAAUAAGCAAAAAAUUUAAAAUAAAUAAAAAAAAGGUUACAUUAUUGCUUCAAACAAUGUUAUCUUCUUUAUUUGUGCAAAGUCUUUGCAACAUUUCCGUGCUGAUGGGUUCUGUAUGCUAACAUCUCACAUUAAUGGAUGCUCCAUUAAAAGUAUGAAACUCACAAUCUUCAGUAAGAAAGAGGGUUGAAAUUAUAUCGGUGGUUUUCAAAAGCCUAAUUUUUUCUAUUUAUGGAAUGCUUUUGGCUCAAAAACUUAAAACAUUAUUACUUGAAUAAACCUUUGUCAUGUUGUCAUUUGAUUUUGGAUUUGUUUAUGUCAUUAAAAAUGCUUUUUUGUUGCCUUUA